AAAAAGAAUCCCCAUAUAAACCACCAUUAUAGAUAGAGAGAGAAAAUAGGCCAGCGAGAGAGAGAGAGAAACAAAAAAAAAAAAACCGUAAUUAGGAAAACACAAUUGUCAAUUGGUUCAUCAUCAUAAUCCAUUCAUUAUUUUUUCCUAUUAGCUUUUGAUUUUGAUGUUAUUAUUGUUGUUCUUGUUGUUGUCUUCUUCAUCGUUAUUGUUUAACCUUUCAAAUCGAAUAGAAUAAUUUACCUUUUUUUUUAUAUACAACAAAAAAACAACCUCAUAAAACCACCUUAAACCAACAAAAACCACCAUUCCCCGAAAUUCCCGCCGGAAAACCGCUUUUUCAGUUUUCAUCCUCCGACACCGGUUGUUAUUAUCAUUUCAAAAAGGAAGGUAGUGGUUAUUAUUUUUAAUCCUGGACGUACACGUGUACGUUGAUGGGGACGGAGGUGAUGGGUAGAUGGGGGACAUGGGAGGAGCUCCUCCUUGGUGGGGCGGUUCUCCGCCACGGGAGUCGUGACUGGAACGUUGUUGCCGCUGAGCUUCGAGCACGAACCGUUUAUCCUUACAUUUUUACCCCUGAGGUCUGUAAAGCCAAGUAUGAAGACUUGCAACAACGGUAUUCUGGGAGCACGGCUUGGUUUGAGGAGCUUAAGAAAACAAGAGUGGCAGAGCUGAAGAAAGCUUUGGAACGAUCUGAAGAUUCUAUUGGGUCUCUUGAAUCGAAGCUUGAAGUCCUGAAGGCUGAGAAGAAUGAGAAAAACGAUAAUUGUGAAAAUGGACUAGAAAGUCCGGUAUCACAUGUACCUUCCAAGAAAUUGAAGAUAUUGGAGAGAGUUGAAUCUUCCAUUAAAGAGACAUCAAAGGACGGGCUAUCUGCCGGGAGUUUCACACAUGAAACGAGGACAAACUGGUCUCCUGAAUCUCAGGUUCCAACUAGGUCUGCCGAUGAUAAUGAGACUAAGCCGGAAGUUUCACAAUCUACUGAGCAGGCUAAAAUUUCGAACGUAGAUAAUUUGGCACUUGCUUUAUAUGAAGGACAAUUAGGAUGUUGUAAAAAACGGAGAGGGAAGAGAAAAAGGAAGGAUUGUAGCAGAAAUAUUAAGGAAGCAGUUAGUGUAGGAGAAAGUGACUUAUUAGAUUCAGCUGAUGUUGUUUCUUGGUGUAAAGAAAGUUCUACCAGUAACUGUGGUGAAGUUGCCAAAUCUUCUGUUGAUGUAGAUAAUCAGAAAACUAAGAUUUCGAAAAAGCAUGGCGCAGAAGAUAUGGUUAAGAUUUUAGAUUCUAUUUUUGAAACUCAAGGUGCAUCUGCCUUCCGUCGAAGACUUGAUAGUCAGAAAAGAGGAAGGUACAAGAAAAUGAUCCGGCGGCACAUGGACUUUGACACUAUAAGGUCAAGAAUUAGCAACCAAACAAUUAAAUCAACCGUAGAACUAUUCCGAGAUUUGUUGCUACUCACCAACAAUGCCUUAGUCUUCUACUCGAAGAACACUCGCGAGUAUAAAACUGCUCUCCUUCUAAGAGAAAUAGUCACCAAAAAAAUGAGGGAGAGUUUCAAGGAUAGUAAUAGUAUUGUUAGUAGCAGCAAAGUUAGCAAAAUCGCUGAACCUAACGAGUCUAUGAAAUUACCGGUGCAUAAUCUUCAUGUGAAACCAAGAAGUGUUAGACCAGGUAACAGAAAAAUCAUUGCAAAGGCUGGUGGUGGCAACAACUCUGCAUCCGGGACAUCACAAGGAGCUAAGAAGCCGAUUAAAGCUGAUUCUUCGCCUUCCGUGGAAUCCUUAAAUGUCAUGAAAAAAACUUUUGGUAGACCGAAAAGAGUUGAACGUGUGACUUCAGAUCAGAAGACUACAACAACGCCAACGAAAGGAAAGAAAAGAGUUAGAACAAAGUCAUAGCAAUAUAAGGUUACCAAUAGAUUUUAUUUUUUUUGUACAAAGAUUUUCUCCAUUUUGGUUUGGUGUUUUUUUGGAUUUAGUUUAAUGGAGGAUGAAAGUUCAUGCAACCAACUAAAAUGAACUUUGGUUAGAUGUAGAAGGGAAACUAACUACAAAUAUAUGAAAUAGUUCUAAGAAGUUUUAGUAA